AUGAAAUUAAACAAUAUUUUGUACGCGAUACCAAACCCUGAAACUGAAGAGAAUAGUCCCGCAGCACCAUCUCUUGUACCGGACAGAGCAAACUCUGACAUUGGAGAGACUAAUUCUGCAGAAUCAUCUUUUGUAACGAACAGAACAAAUCUUGACACUGAAGAAAACAAUUCUGCAGCUAACAAUGAAAUACCAUCGACACAAGAAUUUGAUUUUUUAGCUUCCUUUCAAACAGACGGACCAAACCCAGACGAUGGAAACAACAAUCCUGGAUCGAUCGAUGAAAUACCGCAACAUUCCGCUUCUUUAAUGGGUGAAUCUUCAACUUCAAAUCAAAGCAACGUCAUCCUCAACCACGCCACCUGUUUUUUCGCCUGA